CCUGACGUCUCCCUCGUUCGCUCACACCCAGCGGCCAGCCGGUGCGGGCGGCAGGAGGCAGAACCGCCACCCUCCCAUGCAAAUCAGCCCCAGGGGUGCAGCCGGGUUUCUCCCGCUGCUGCAGGGCAAUGCUCCUGGGGAGGCGCUGGGGAAGAUGCAACCUGGGGCGCUGUGUACUCUUCCUUGUGCUGGCCCUGCUGCUCGACGCCGUGGGCCUGGUCCUUCUGCUGCUGGGCGUCUUCGCCUCCCUCGAUUACUGGGACUUCUUGGUCUACACGGGGGCCCUGACCCUGGUGUUCAGCCUGCUCUUCUGGAUCACCUGGUAUUCCCUCAACAUCGAGGUACCUCUUGAGAAGCUGGACUUGUAGUUUGGCCGUGGGCACAGGAGGAGGGACGCAGGCUCCACAGGCAGCUGGCCGUGAACCUGGGGCUGCUGCGCGGCCGGAGGGGUAGGGGCGUGUUUCCACUCCCACCCAGAACGCCCCACGGGGGAGCAGGUGAGUGCACAUGAGGCCCGCCUGGCGGGGUGGCUGGAGAGGCUGAGAAGGAACUGGAAGUCUGCACCCCGGCUGGGGGCUCUGCCCACCUGGGUGGGCACCUGUGGUGGCCAUAGGCUGUCCUCUCCCCCUCCGGGGCCCGUCGUCCUUAUGGAGACUACAAAGAGGGUCUCCACGGCCCCCUCCAUUUCUGAGAUGCCAAGAGUGGUCCCGCCAUGCAGAACAGGAAGUUAUUCCGUCAGCUCAGAACUUUGGAGAGGAGAGCCCAUCUUGAUUGUCUGUUGGAAGACCAGCCGGCUGCAGGGGGGGAGGGGGUCUAGCACUGGGAGAGAAUGGAAAGCUCUCCAGUGGCCGUGUGUGUCCUAGCACUGAUGGAGUGGUGGCGGGGAACCACCCAGAAUGGCCCUUCUCCCUCCCUUCCUGCCUGUACCUGCAGGUGGGACACACACCACAGUGGGGAGGACCUGCCUCCACAUCCUCCCUCGGGGCACCUGCCUCCUCUUUCAGCAGCGCCCCCCCCCUCCCUCCUCACACACACUCCCAUGCGGCCACCCCCAUCCUUCACUCCCACCCCCACCCGGCCACGGCUGGCCUGGGAGCCUCAGUGGUCAGGAGACCAUGGCGGACCAUUUCGUCCACCGAGCUGCACUUUCCAGCUGGGCCAGCUGCUUGGUUGACCGCAUGUGACCAAGGAGGCAGAUCAUCGUUAAAGAUGUUUCACAGGGACGUGAAGCACCAAGGAUAGAGCCGGUCUGGCCCCCGUGACCCUGAAUUAUGGGCAGCUCUCCCCCAGGGGACUGGAAGGGGAGCCCUGGUUGGGAUAACAAUCAUCAACCCCCUGCCCCCGGUGGCCGGGAAACUGGCACAGCCGGGCACUCCCUUCCAGCGCUGGGUGUAAGGAUAAAGGUCAUUGCUGGGUUGGAAGGAGGAAAUGAUAAUCCUGCCUCUUCUGGGGGAUUCCAUCUGACCUUUGGAACCAAGAGACCAGAGCAGCCGUUUGAAGAGGUUUCGGGGAGGGUAGCCUAAACCUGGUCCUGGCAGAUGAAAGGAAGGAAAAGAGAUGGGAAGUCCGAGUGCCUGGGUCCUGCUCUGAGUGCCACCGCUCAAUCACUGGGUGACAGUGGACAGGCUGCAUUGGGUAGUAGCCUCAUCUAUAAAAUGAGGACAACAUGACCUGCCCUUGUGGUUGCAAUGGCCAAAAAAAGAGGUGCUGUCUGACAGAGCAGCGUCAGAGCCCCGGGAAGAUGUCUUCUCUUGGCCGCAUGCCCUCUACUAAGUAUCUGGGAGGAACCAGAGGCUUGCAAAGCACCCACCAGGACGCCCGCGAGUGGCACGGAUGCCAGGCUUCCGGAAGGUUCCAGUCUCCGCCAAGAGUCCGGCACCCCUGCGCCACGGCUGGCCCCCCAGCCAUUCGGGGAUGGCCCCAGAAGCCUUCAAGUUCUCAAACUGGGGCUCUGAUGGGAGCGAUCUUGCUGUGGGUUUCAGAGGCCAACUCUCGUCAAGGUCCCGUUAAAGACUAACAGCCAGAAGUGAGCACAGGAGUCCAAACGGGGCCUCCCCCAAGCACACAUCAGGCCGUGUGGCUGCUGCUUCCCCUCCCCGGCUGUCUGGACGGGCCGUGUGAGCCCCUGAAGGGCUCCGCCUCACCCAUCUCGGGACGGUGCAGGGUGGCCCAAGGGGCAUAUUCUAACACUCUGGCUGCAAAAGCAAAGCGUAGCUGAUGCUGUGCGAUGUGUGAGGGACGCCGCCCUCCUCCGUGCCUCACACGGUUUGCUAUGAAGGCAGCCCCGUCCAUUUGCACAGCCAGGCUGCCCGGGGGGCUCACAUUGAGCUUUCAGUCAGCGGAAGGCCUCCUCCAGGCGAUACCCUGACAAAGCUAGCGAGGCCUGUGCUGUCCUCGUGUUCUCCGUUUCUCGAUCCUACCUAAGAGCAGGACUCUGUUUUUAUCUUAACUCAGUUGCGUCCAGUCAAACGCAGCCCAGCUCGGAGGCUCAUCCGAUGUGCGCUUGUCCCCAGGGCUCGACCUGCCUAUGUAAUUUAUGUUUCUCCUGGUCUAAUUUUGUACUUUUUAUUUAUAUUUCACCCCUCAAAGUGUAAGUGUUCCCUAGAAGCUGCCUCAGAUGUUCUGUGCUAUGAGGCAGGAACCUAGCUAUAGAAGUAGGUUUGACCUUUGACUUUCUGCUUUAACAGGAUGCGCCGUAUUUCGGGGCGUGCGUGCUCCCGCAAGAAUCCUCCUCAACCGCCACAGCUUUACAGCAUCCUCUGCUCAGAAGUUUAACCUGCUUCUGUGCAAGUCCUGGAAUUCGACGUUGGGCACAGCACUGUGGAUGGAGACAGUGCCUGGGUUGUCCUGACACCAUGGAAUCUUCUGGAAGUUCUGUGCUUGAACACCAACCCAGCCUCUCAGAACGCGGCUGGGCUCGGAAGCCAUCAUGAAAGGAACAUUCCAGAUAAGCCAUUAAGGAAAAAGAUUCCCCUCCUCUCCAGAAGAUUCCUUGACCAUCCGCACAUGUAAUCCUACCGAUUCUCCCGAGUGGACAUUUCUUUGUGUUUCCAACCUGACUCCCCACGAGCGAGGAAGCACGUCCUCUUACCGGAGGUUCUAACGUCAGCACGGAAAGAAAAGUCACCCGUGAUCCACAUCACCUUAGGAAGCUCCUUAGGAAGACGCUGUGUUGGAGGCCCCGUUCACUUCCUUUCCUUGGUUUUUUAUCCUAGAAACGGAACGGGUUUCCCUUCCUUCCCUUGGAGCCAAAUGCAACAGCUGACUUUCAUCUGUGUUGUUCGGGACAGGCAAAUCUUGAAAGAGGGGGAGCACACGUUCUCAGAAUCUGAGGGGCCGAAGGAACUGAGAUGGGCAGAACAGCGGCGGGUUCCCGCCUCCCACAGCACGCCCACUCCAGGGACCGGUACGCCGUACUGGGACCUUCCCCCACCACCCUUGUUUUUGUGCACCUGCUACUGGGCAAUUUAAAUGCGUGCAUGACGGUUCUCCAUUUAAGUGCGCCUGUUGGUUCAACUCCCGGACCGUCUCCCAAAUUAGAGGGCGUGUUUCUGUGGGACGGGAGGUGUCUGACCACCGCUUUUCGAGUAAAUCUGUUGAUGAUAGCUGUCGUGGGUGCAGCUGGCUACUUGCUGGCCCUGGAAUUAGCCCCCCGGAAGAAAAGGGAGGUCCACGCGGGAGGGCGUCAACCGUCCGGGAUCCCUAACGAAGAGCCAGAAUGGAGAGGGGCACGGUUAGACAACGCACGUGGAAACUGGGGGCAAUCCCUCUGGGGCAAGUCUUGGUCCGCCACUGAUGGUGUGCCAGGAUGAUACUCGGGGACCCAUUAGGGUGCAGAAUGAGAGAACACGAGAACAGAGCCCAAUCUCAGAGAGCACGAGACCGGCACUUAAAAUGUUGGCGGAUCUCCGGGGGCUCUUGGGAAAUGCAAAUUCUGAUUCAGGAGGUCUGGGGAGAGGUCAAAGGUUCUGCAUUUCUAACAAGCUCCCGGGUGACGCCAUGGCUGCUGGUCCAUGUGACACACAGAAGCACAAAGAUCGGGGCGCCUGGCGGGGGGGGGGGGCCUAGUCGGUUAAGCGUCUGACUUUUGGUUUCGGC